GGCUAAUAGCUGAAGAGCGAUAAGCGUGUUGAGAGGGAAGAUAACGAUGGUAGUAUAUACUCGAGCGUUACGUUCUGGUUCUUAGUAAACAAUCAUUUAAAUUCAAUCUUCUAGCAAAUAAGUGUGUGCAAAUAAACAGUUAUCAUGUGGAGUCAAAAUCUGCCUGAUACUCAGAACGCGAGAGAUGAUAUAUAUAGCCAAGAAAACGAGAAUCCAAAUGUGUGGGGAAGACUGUAUGCAACUAAAGAAAAGUUCAUAUCGUUAGAUCUGUCAGAUAAUGAAUACACUAUCGGGCGUGCUCAGGACUGCAGUAUUACGAUCUCAUAUUUAGAAGUCAGAGAGGAUGUCUUGCAGACCAUUAGCAAGCAGCACUGCAGAAUUGUAAGAACAGAAGUUUCAUCAGGUACACCGGAAGUUUACCUGGAAGAUUACAGUUCCAAUGGGACAUACGUGAACAGUGAAAAAAUUGGGAAAGGGAACAAGCGAAUACUUAAAAACAACGAUCAUAUUUCACUGGCUUCACCUCAGUUUAAAGUGUAUGUAUAUGUGGAUGCCUCGGAUGAUGGCAGGAAUUUUCCUGAAGAGAUACGGUCGGAGUAUAUCGUUACUAAAGAACUAGGUGCCGGAGCUUGUGGAAAAGUGUAUCUUGUAUUUGAGAAGAAAACGUGCAAUCGAUAUGCCAUGAAAGUUGUGCAGAAGAAACGCUUUAACAGCAUUAAGGGACAGAACAGAAAUAACCCAGACAAGACUCUAAAUGAAGUGAACAUUCUUAGAGCCCUCAAACAUCCGUGCAUCAUUCGAGUGGAACAUAUCGUGGACGCGCCGGACGCAGUCUACAUAAUUCUAGAGCUCAUGGAGGGUGGUGAGCUAUUUGAUCGCAUUCAGUGCUCAAAGCAGCUGAACGAAUCCGAGACAAAGCUAAUUUUCUACCAGAUUGUUCAAGCAAUCAAAUACUUGCAUGAUAACAAAAUUACUCACAGGGACCUGAAGCCUGAAAAUAUUUUGCUAGCAAGCGAAAAGCGGGAAACACUCGUAAAAGUAUCCGACUUUGGCCUUUCCAAGUUUGUAAACUCGCAGAGCAUUAUGAAGACCUUCUGUGGUACCCCACUGUAUGUUGCCCCAGAGGUUCUUGUAACCAAAGGAAUGGGCUCCUAUACCACACAAGUUGAUAUUUGGAGUUUGGGCGUCAUUUUAUUUACAUGUUUGAGUGGCUACCCACCAUUUUCGGCCGAAUACCGGCCACUGUCACUAGUUGAACAAAUCAUGAAUGGAGCGUACUCAUUUCCUGCUAGGUACUGGCAAGGAGUUUCUAAUAAUGCCAUUGACCUGAUUAGGAAGAUGUUAACAGUUGAUCCAAGCAGCAGAAUUACAAUUGACGAAAUUCUGUGUCACAGGUGGCUACAGGACAAGAAGCUGGAGAAGACAUUUAAAGAGCUGACAAAGCACGCGCAUCAGGAUGACGAGCGUUCUCCGCCGCAGAGACGUCGGAGGCUCGACGGAGAAGACACGCAUUAAGUCUGAUCUGUGGAACCAAAGAUACUGGUGCUAAAGAGAUCUGAGAAGUUGCAAUUUCAUACCUCAUUUGUUAAGUACAAGUCAGGUGAAAAUGUUACCACAUACUAGAACCUAAUGUACUUACUUAGGACAUUCGCUGCCAUCAAGCUUGCUUCUGCCAGUUGUGAUUGGUUUGGAGUGUCCAAUUGUGAUAGCUUUUCAGGCCACAUACAAAUAUGUUCCUUAUGACUGAUGAUGCCUUUUGCUGUUUCACUGCUUCAUGUUUGAAGUGAAGUCGUCUCUUAUAAAAUUACGCCACAGAACGCAACAAUUCAUUGAACUCCGAUUCCUUGUUCAGUUACAAUCUUGGUUUGAGAGUUUUAUAACAUUUUCCAUUCUGAAAUUUUAUAGUUCGGCUUUGAAUUGCCUGAACGAGUAAAUGUUUCACAGACUAAAUGAUUGGCCUUUUAUAUUUUUGAAGGAUGUACCUGCAUCAUUGGGCUACGUGAUAUGCAAAUUGUUAAUGUGCUAGUUUUGAUAAUCACCGUUGGAAGUGCACGGCUGUCCUCUUAUGAACGGGCAUGUUGGUACAAGUGUGAAAAAUUGAAUAAGCACAAACUUAGGCGAUUAGUUUUAAGUUAUGUUCCCGUAGGUCAGGACGGCUAGAGACAUAAUUAUGUCAUUUCCCCACAUAUUUAUUCUAUACAGUUAUGAUUAUUCAGUUAAUAGAAAUUUAUAUUUGCUAAGGUGACACAAGAAUUAAAACUUCUUGUCUUGUUUGCUGCUGUGCCCCAAUUUCUUGGUCACAGGGCACCGUUUGUUGUUAUCACUGUUCUUGUUAACAGUGUGUUUCAGUUCCUUAUAGAACAGAAUCAUAUACGUUAUUAUACAUUUAGUCAAAUUUCACUAUAUCAGAUCAUGCAUGUACAUUUUUUUGUAUGAACCUUUAUAGAAAAUACAAGUUUUCACUGUGUAAUCAUCAUGUAAAUCAGUGAUUUGUUGUUCAACAGAAGAAUCUGACAAGAGUAUAUAUAUACUUUUGAAAUUGAAAAGUCUUAAUUGUAGUUCUGCAGCCAUGUCAUAUCAGCUGCAUAGGCUAUAUAUAGUUGUAUUAUUUUUGUAAAUGAUUAUAGUCAUCAUUACUGCAUUUAGAAACGUAAAAGGAUUAUAUUAUUUUUUGUUGUUUUUUGAUUGAACUAUUCUGCAGAAAGUUUUGUAUGGCAAUGCCAAUUUCUUAAUUGAUUUUUGAAAGUAAUAAUUUCAGUAAUGAAAAAAUAUAACAUUUUGUUGCACUAAAGUACAAAUGAUUCCUCACAUGACAA